AUGAGUGCGGACACCGAGCAGCUCCUGGCAGUGUCCCAGGCAGCCAGCGUGUCCCUGUGGACCGUAUCCAGCUGGGCCUCCUCCGAGGUGCCCCCCAACACCAGCAUGGCCAUGGGGGAGGCCGGUUGGCAGCAGGGGCAGGCGGAGUGGGGCAGCAAGGCAGGCGAGAUCGUGGGCAUGGUGGUGAUCCAGUGCAUCUAUGCCCUGGUGUGCCUGCUGGGGCUGCUGGGCAACUCCCUGGUGAUCUUCGUCAUCCUGCGCUAUGCCAAGAUGAAGACGGCCACCAACAUCUACCUGCUCAACUUGGCCAUCGCCGACGAGCUCUUCAUGCUCAGCAUCCCCUUCGUGGCCACAUCGGCUGCCCUGCACCACUGGCCCUUUGGCCGAGCCCUGUGCCGCACGGUGCUGGGUGUCGAUGGGCUCAACAUGUUCACCAGCGUCUUCUGCUUGACCGUGCUCAGCCUGGACCGCUACAUCGCGGUGGUGCACCCACUGCGGGCAGCCACCUACCGCCGUCCUCGGGUGGCCAAGAUGGUCAAUGGUGGCGUGUGGCUCCUCUCCUUGCUGGUGGCUUCGCCCAUCCCCAUCUUCGCCGGCACCGCAACCACCCGCGAUGGCCAAGCCGUGGCUUGCAACCUCCUGUGGCCGAGCCCGGCUUGGUCGGCUGCCUUCGUGGUGUACACCACCCUGCUGGGGUUCCUGCUGCCGGUGCUGGCCAUGGGGCUGUGCUACCUGCUGAUCGUGGGCAAGAUGCGUGCCGUGGCACAGCGGGUGGGCUGGCAGCAGCGCCGGCGCUCCGAGGGCAAGCUGACGCGCCUGGUGCUGAUGGUGGUGGCCAUGUUCGUGGUGUGCUGGAUGCCCUUCUACGUGGUGCAGCUGGUCAACCUCCUGCUGCCCGGCCGCUUGGAUGCCACCGUCAACAACGCCUGCCUCAUCCUCAGCUACUCCAAUAGCUGUGCCAACCCCAUCCUCUAUGGCUUCCUAUCCGAGAACUUCCGGCAUUCCUUCCAUGGUGUCUUGCGGCGCUGCCUCGAUGCCAGCCUCUGCUGCUGCCAUGCUGGUGAAGGGGCAACCGAGGAGGAGGAGGAGGAGGAAGAGCCCCUCGACUACUGCGCUGUGCCCAGGGGGGAUGACAAGGGCAAGGGCUGUGGGUGCCCGGCCCUGUCCUGCCAGCAGGACCAUGGGCUCCCUGAGCCCUGCUGUAAGCCCGCGCCGCUCCUUGCCAAGACCACCACGUUCUAG